GGGCCGGGGUGGGGCGGGGGCCGGCGCGGGGCAGGGCCGGGCCGGGCUGCUGCGGGGCCGGCGCUCUCAGAGGAACCCCGGCACUUGCCCCGAAGGUGUGCAGAGCGCGCGCCAUGAGGACGCUGUGGAUGGCGCUGUGCGUGCUGGCGCGGCUGUGGCCCGGGGCCCUGGCCGGCUGCGCGGACGCCGGGCGCUGCUGCCCCGGCCGGGACCCCGACUGUUUCGCCAGCGGCUGGAGGCAGGACCGGGUCUACGGGACGUGCUUCUGCGACCAAGCCUGCCGCCUCACCGGGGACUGCUGCUUCGACUAUGCCAGGGCGUGCCCAGCUCGCCCGUGCAUCGUUGGGGAGUGGAGCCCCUGGAGCGGUUGUGCCGGCCAGUGUCGGCCCACGGCGCGCGUGCGGAGGCGCGCGGUGCAGCAGGAGCCUCAGAACGGCGGCGAGCCCUGCCCGGCCCUGGAGGAGAGAGCCGGCUGCCUGGAGUACGCGACGCCGCAGGGCCAGGACUGCGGGCAUGCCUUCGUCCCUGCCUUUAUAACUACCUCUGCGUUCAACAAGGAGCGAACAAGACAGGCGGUCUCCCCACACUGGACCACAAACACAGAGGACGCUGGAUACUGUAUGGAGUUCAAGACAGAGUCAUUGACUCACCACUGUGCCAUGGAAAAUCGCCCCCUGACCCGAUGGAUGCAAUAUCUCCGAGAGGGCUACACAGUGUGUGUGGACUGUCAGCCUCCAGCUAUGAACUCUGUGAGCCUUCGUUGUUCUGGCGAUGGCUUGGACUCUGACGGAAAUCAGACCCUCCAUUGGCAAGCAAUUGGCAAUCCUCGAUGUCAAGGAACUUGGAAAAAAGUUCGGCGGGUAGAACAGUGUUCUUGUCCAGCUGUUCACAGUUUCAUUUUUAUAUAGAUCUUGAUAUAAAUAUUUCAAAAUGUGUUUGUAAACAUGCUAAAUACUACUAAGUCAUGUUUGACGCUGCAUAAUCCUUUGAAAACUCUUUGGCCUAAAGUUCCUAAAUGUAUGUCUUUUCCACAUUCUGAAGCAGAGAAAGGAAAUUCAGGGGGCCAGUUCUUAAGAAACACAGUGCCUUUAUUUUUACUUUUUACUAUGUUGAGGACCCAUUCUAAAGUCUCCUGUGGUUUUCUGAGCUUGGCCUGUCACUUGGAGUCUCCCCAUUGAACAGGUAGCCCUCUGGACACAGAGUAAGUCUGUUUGCACUAAAAUGACUACAUUUUAUUGGUUCACUUACUGGUAAGUUGUCAUUUAAGGGUACUCAUGCUUUGAAUCUUGGGUUCUUUCUUUCUAUUCUGUAAUCUCUUAAAAACUUCUUGCCUUAAAAAAUGUCUACAGAUAUAUGUACACUCAUGCGUGCAUUUCCCAUAUAUUAUUCCACAAAUUCUGCAAUAAUAAUUUCAAGCAAAUUUGUCACAAGUAAUUUUCCACAGGACAAGUUGUUUGAGAUUUAGUAAGCAAAACCAACAGCUCUACUAAAUAUACCUUUUUUUUUUUUUAAUAGAACUAAUUUUCUUCUGUUAACUGAAAAGCAUCAAUCAAAUGUUCAUUCUAGGUCAGUACAAUUCCUUUAAAUGUUUUAAUUUCCAUGAAGUGAAAUUUUGGCAACAAUAAGUGAAACAAUUGCUUUAAUUAUGAACAUUCUACCAUCAUUAGCAUUGAAGAUUAUUUCCAAGGCAUAAAGCCUGAAAUUGACUACAAUAAUUUUGGAGUCCAAUUUCAAGCUUAAUUGAGGUAAACUUACUACUUUUUUUUCCCCAUAUAGCACAGGUUUUCUUUUGUCUGGAGUAGAAGGUAGAGGCAUAGAUUAUGGAAGGCAUAGACUUAUUACAGAUGAUAUGAUCCCCAUCCCCACCCCACCUCUACAAACACAGAAGUAUUAGUUUCCUUAUUGUAUGAUUGGAAAAUCAAUGAACCAGAGACAAAAGGCCUUGUUGAAGAAUCUGGACUGACAGAGCCAAAUCUUAGCUUCUCAUUCAGAAUUUAGCUUCGAUGAAGAGUCUAAUGUUGCCAAAGACUGUUCUGUAAAAGCAAAGCCCUUUUUAUUUCUGAAGCAAAUUUUAAAUUCAGAUCUUCAGAGAACUGAAUCUGGAGAUUUAAACUACAGGUAAACCUCAGAGAUAGUUGAGUUUGGUUCUAGACCACCACAAUGAAGCGAGCCACAAAAUAGUUUUGGUUUCCCAGUGCAUAAAAAAGUUACGUUUACACCAUAUGUUUGGAGUCUAUUGUGUGCAAUAGCAUUGUGUCUAAAAAAAAGUACAUAGCUUAAUUAAAAAAUACUUUAUUGCCCAAAACUAUUAACCAUCAUGUGAGUCUUUAAUGAGUAGUAACAUCAAAGAUCACUGAUCACAGGUCACCUGAACAAAUAUAAUAAUAAUGGUGAAAAAGUUUGAAAUCUGCUGAGAAUCACCAAAAUGUAACACAGACACACAAAGUGAGCAAAUGAUAUUGGAAAAAUGGCGCCAAUAGAUUUACUCGAUCUAGGGUUGCCACAAACCUUCAAUUUGUAAAAAAAAAAAAAAAAAGGUAAUAUCUGCAAAGCACUAUAAAAUGAGGUGUGCCUGUAUAUGAAAUUCCUUUGAUUUCAUAUGUAUAAAAUAUUAUUUACUAACAAAUGAUUUACUAAAAUACCUAUUUGUUGGCACUUAUCAUGUAAUGAUAUAAUGACAAUAGCAAGUUUAAUAGGGAUGGAAAAGUCCCCAAUAUUUAACGCUGAGAGUAGCAGUAUUCUGAGAAUGUAUUUGUUUAAAUGUCAGGACAGUUUUGGGGUAAACUAAAUUCUUCAUAAAUUAACAAUAAAAAUUUGAGUCUCAUCAGAGUUAGAAACUUCAACUAUCAGCUCAGUAUUAACAUUUCAAGACCAUUUCUAACAUUUGUAAAACAAAACUUUUUAAGGCAUACCUGGGCAAUUUUCAAUGUUACUUAAAGUUUUAUACCAGUAAAUAAACUUUCUGCUCACAUUUUGAAAAGCUCUUUACUUGUUUGGCUAGAAAAUACCCAAGUUUUCUGGACAAGUCAGAGAAUAAACAAAAAAUUUCACAAAAGCCAAAAGAAAACAUUAUAGAAUUGAUAGGCAUAUGUAUGAUGACUAACAGCAAUAAAGCUAUGAUGUAUUUAUGGUUCCAAUAUGUUAUAACAUUCAGCAUAUUUGAGUUGUAUAAAAUCAGUUUUUUCAAAUUACAUAUUUAGCUUUCACUACAUGACCAUUAAUUACUUUCAUAUUGAAGCAUAUUUUUGUUAUUUUUAUUCUUAUGAAGAAUUUCAAGGGCUGGAAGACAUAACUACUAAAUAGUGAUCUUGAAAAGCUUAUUAUUACUUCUAGCGAAGCCCACGGAAACAGUACAAAACUGAAACAAACUGCAACAUGUGGUCUAAAUGAUGAAGGAAGAAGCUCGAAUUUUUUAUUUUCAGAAAUAAAGAUCAAGGAAUUUAAGACUU